AUGCGUAUGGUGGACUGCUGCACGAUCUCGUCCAACGUGGUGGUCCAAACGCCCAUCUGUAUUUGGCGAGACCACGGCAAGAAGCACCCGCUCAUUUUGGUGCUCAAGACCACGGCGUCCAAGAUCAAGGCCACCGUCGAAGAGAAUCUGUCGCAGCGCCAUGGUUUUGGCAAGCAGGUGGGGAAGCAAGUGUAG